AUGCGUGUACCACUUGUGCACUACAGAGCAUGGCAAGCGGAUAUCCCUGUACCAGAUCUCGGAGAAUUCAGGCAAAAUGUGAAGGAAAUUGAAGCAAAGCUGGGAAGGAAAGGCUGCACAAUAUUAGUCUGCCCUAGUGGAGCCACAAGAUGUGGCACGUACGCAGCCGUUGAUGUUAUUCUCAGCAGGAUAUCGACAGAGAGAAGGGUAUUUCUUUUCUCACUAGCUAACUAUUUUUUAGGCAUACUUCCAGUCCAAGGUUGA